AUGGCGGCGGCGGACAUUUUCGAGGCGCCUCAGAAAUCGGCGGCGGCGGCGGACAUGGACUCGUCGUUUGUCGCCGCCGCGCGCCUCUGGGCCUCCACGGGCGGCGUCACCUUCCGCAGCGCGCGGCGCUCCGUCGACCUCGUGCACGCCGCGGGCGGCGCGCCCCCCUCCGCGAGUCGCGCCGCGGUCUCGUCGUACCUGCAGCGCAUCCAGCGGCCCGGCCUCGUGCAGAACUUCGGCUGCCUGCUCGCGAUUCCCGGCGACGGAAAAAGCUUCGAUCUUGUCGCUUUCAGCGAGAACGCCGGCCAGAUGAUUCUGAAUGAAUCUCCACCGGCGCCGGCGGCGGCCGGCGCGGGCGCCGGCGCCGCGGACGCUGAAAAUGCGGGCAUGGGCGGAGCGGGAUCUGCGGCAUCGGCGAUGAUCGGGCGGUCGCAGACGAUUCCAGAAGGGGCGGAGUUGGCGCCGACGGCGGAAGCGAUCCGGAGGGGCGAAGUGGGAGCUUCGGCGGGCGGAGCGGCAGAGGGAGGCGGCGAGAGAAGACGGCUGGUGAAAAUGGCAUCUGAAGGGAGCACACUGUUCAAACGUAAUGCCCCCCACCGUUCUUCCCUCCCCCUCCGGCCCCCCCUCCUCCUCUCCUCUUACCCUUUUGCCUCCCUCUCGUCCCUCCCGUCCCUUCCCACCUUCCGCUCCCAACGCCUCCUCCCCACUUCACCCACUCUCUCGUCAUCCCCUUCCCCCUGCAUUCCCCUUCCGCUGAACUUUCUGGAGCGCAUUCGCUGGGCGAUCUUCCGCUCCAACAGCCGCGGCCGCGCCAAGGGCGCAAGGCGAUCCCGCCGCCUCUCCGUGGACUCCGCCGCCCCCGCGCCCUCCGCGCCCGCUGCUGGUGGCGCGGCGGGGAGGGCAAGCAGUGACGCGAGGGCCGGGGAAGCGGGCGCGGGGAGAGGAAGCAGUGCCAGUGGCGGGUGGGGGGAUGCAGGCGCGCAGAGAGACGGAGGCGGAGGCGGAGGGGGAGGCGGAGCGAGUGUGAGUGACAGCGCCAUUGUCGUGGGGCGCGGACUGGAGGAGGCCGCAGUUAGGGCGCUGGGGGAAGGGGCGCCUGCUGGUGCGCAGGGGGAAGAGGCGCGAGAUUCUGUUGCUCCUCUUCCACAGACGAAAAUUGGUGAUGCCGCCGCUCCAACCGCGCUCCCUAUCCCUGCUCCCCUCUCUCUCUUCCGAUCCUCCCAUCCCCCAAUCCUCCCAUCCCUCCAUCCUCCCCAGCCUUACAUCCUCCUCUCCCUCCCUCCCCCUGCCUUGGGAAUGGACGUGAGGAGCCUGUUCACCCCGGAGAGCGUGGAGGCAUUAGAGAAAGCCGCGGCAGCAGACGACAUAGCGUCCAUGAACCCCGUGCUGCUGCAGUGCCGCAGCCACUCCAACUACUUCGUCUCCAUCCCCUUGCCCCGCCCCCUGCUUUCCACCCAACCCCCAACCCCCCUGUCUUCCCUGCAGCCUUGGGAAUGGAUUGCCCUUACCCCCGCACCUGCUCCCACCACCACCAGCCCAGGAGACAACAUCAUAAGCAUCGAUCUGGAACCCAUUACACCACUGGACCCGGCAGUAGACGGGGCAGGCGCGCCCUUAACCCACCGCCUAGCCCUCUCGGCCGUGAAGCGGCUGCAGAAGGUGGCGCCAGGGAAUAUCAGCGCGCUGUGCCAGGUGGUGGUGGAGGAGGUGAGAGAGCUGACUGGAUAUGACCGUGUUGUGGCUUAUAAGUUCCACGAGGACGGCCAUGGGGAGGUUGUGGCGGAAGAUAUGCGGAAAGGGCGGAAGGGGCGGAAGGGAGGGGGGGGAGAGGGGACGGAUAGGAGGAGCGGGAGCGGCGGGGUGGGUGAGGGAGAGGGGGGCGAGGGGAGGGAGGAGAGGGAGGGGAGGGAGCAGCAGGGGGAGCAUGCGGAGGAGGAGGAAGGGGAGGAAGGGGAGGAAGGGGAAGAGGAAGAGGGGGCUAUGGAGCCGAUCCUAGGCUCUCACUUUCCAGCAACAGACGUACCCCAAGCAACCCGCCUCCUCUUCUUCCACAUGCGUUCCCGCAUGGUGGCGGACUGUCAGUCCCCCUCCGUGCCCCUCCGCCAGCACCCGCUCUCCGCCCCGCACCCGCUCAAGCUCGGGGGAUCGACCCUCCGAGCAGUGGACCCGUGCCACGCGCAGUACAUGUGUAACAUGGGGAUAAGAGCGUCUUAUGUGCUGGCCAUUAUCGUGCCCACGCGCGGGGGGAACGCGCAGGGGCAGGGGGAGCGCGGAGGGGCGGGCGCGCAUGGGGGGAGUCAGGCUGGCGGGGGGCAGUUUGCAAGGAGUCAGUCCGGGGGGAGUCAGGCGGGGGGAGGAGGGGGGGACUCGUGGGACAUGCGGUCGGACGACGGGGGGAGCGUCUCAGGGGUAGGGGGAAGCGGUGGCGGAGGGGGAGGGGGAGGGGGGGGGGGGGGAGGGGGAGGGGGAGGGGGAGGGGGAGGGGGAGGAGGAGCGCGGCUGUGGGGGCUGGUGGUGUGUCAUCACAUGUCCCCCCGAGUGGUGCCCUUCCCCAUCCGCUCCGCCUGCGACUUUCUAAUGCAGGCAUUCGGCCUCCAGCUGUCAGUGGAGCUAGAGAUAGCCGCCCAACUCCAUGAAAAGCAGAUCCUGCAGAUCCAGUCCCUGCUCUGCGACACAUUACUCACGGACAACCCCAUCCGCGCGCUCGUGUCCUCCGCGCCCAACAUCAUGGACCUCCUCCCCUGCGACGGCGCCGCAGUGCUCUUCCGCGGCGAGCUCUCCCGCCUCGGAGUCUGCCCUUCAGAGGAGAUGAUCGGGGAGCUCGUGCGGUGGGUGCAGCGCGAGCACUGCGGGUCCAGUGGGCUGAGCACGGAUAGCUUGAAGGCCGCUGGGUUCCCGCACGCGGAGAGCCUCGGGGUGGAUGUGUGCGGGAUGGUCGUCGUGUGCUUCUCUCCGGCUGACGAGCAGCAGCAGCAGCAGGAGCGGCAGGAGCGGCAGCAGCAGGGGAGGGAGGCAGCGUCGCCCGUCCCCCCGUCCCCAUCCGGCAGCACCACCAGCGGCGGCGGCGGCGGGUGGGGCGGUGCGAGCGGGAGUUUCAGCAGUGUGAGCGGCGUGACGGGGGACUACCUGUUCUGGUUCCGGUCGCACGUGGAGAAGUCGAUCAAGUGGAGCGGCGCGCGGCACGACUCGCGCGACGUGGACGAUGCAAAGAAGCGCCACCCGCGGGCGUCGUUCAAGGCGUUCCUGGAGGUGGUGCGGCACACGGCGCUGCCGUGGGCGGACGUGGAGGUGGAUGCCGUUCACAGCCUGCAAGACUUAUUGUGCAAGUCCGUUCGGCGCAAGGAGAGCAUGGGACGGCUGAUUUCCAUGGGCAAACAGAACAACAGCGAGCUGGCAGUGGCAGCAGACGAGCUGGUCCGUCUGAUCGAGACGGCGUCCGCGCCGAUCCUGGCCGUUGAUCUGGAGGGCAACAUCACGGGGUGGAACGGCAAGGUGGCGGCCAUCACAGGGCUCUCCUUCUCGGACGCCAUCGGCCAAUCGCUGCUCGACACGUGUCUCGACCCCUCGUGCGUGGACAAGACGAGGACCGCGUUUGAGCUCGCUCUGGCAGGCGAGGAGCAGCAGCAGCUGGAGCUGAAGCUGAAGCGGUGGGGGUCGGUUCCCCAGGGCAAGGGGCCUCCCACGCCCUACGCCAUCCUGCACGUGAACACGUUUGUGAGCCGGGACUCGGAGAAGAGCAUCGUGGGGGUGUGCUUCGUGGGGCAGGACGUGACCGAGGAGACAGCUGUCAGAACGCGAUUCGUGCGAAUCCAGGGCGACUUCACCACCAUCAUCAACACCCACAACUCCCUCAUGCCGCCCAUCUUUGCCACCAACGCAUCUGGCUUCUGCACCGAGUGGAACCCAGCUAUGGAGAGCAUCACCGGCCUCAAACGCUCCCAGGUGCUGGGCUGCAUGCUCCCAGGCAUCAUCUUCGGCCGCAUGUGCCAGCUGGCGGACGACGAUUCGCUCACGCGGCUGCUCAUCAUGCUGUCGCGGGCCAUGGCGGGGCAGGACGCGGGUGGGGGGGAGGAGAAGACGCACUUUGCCUUCCGCAACGCCAAGGGUCGCAUGGUGGAGGUGUUGUUGACGGUGCAGCAGCGGCAGGGCGGCGAUGGGCGGGCGGCAGGGGCGUUUGGAUUCCUCCACGUGGCAAGCCCUGAGCUCAUGCAGGCCCUGGCCGUGCAGCACAAGGCAGAGGGGCUGAUCGAGCGUCACUCCAAGCAGCUGGCGUACGUGCGGCAGGCCAUGGCAGGGGCAGUGCACGGCAUGGUGCAUGCACGCUCCCUGCUGCACCGUUCCCUCCUCGACGCCUCCCCGCCCUCGCCCUCCGCUCACGCCGCCCCGUCUGCCGCCGCCCCGGGCGGCAAGGUUUGGCAGUUUAUGGAGGCGAUGGCGCGGUGCGACGCGCAGCUGAUGCGGCUGCUGCACACUCAGGUGGACCCGUUGGGUGGCGGGGAGGGGGGCGGUGGUGGGGGUGAUGCUGCUGUAUUCUCGCACCCCAGCAUGCUACCAUUCACGCCCUCAGCGCCCUUCACCAUGGCCUCUCUCAUCAACACAGCCGUCUGCCAGGCCAUGCAGCACGCCAUUCGCCGCUCCAUCGACCUGACCUAUGACGCGCUGCCAGAUGUCGCGUCCACGCGCCUCGUGGGAAACCAGCUGCUGCUGCAGCAGGUGCUGGGCGGCAUCACUGUAGCGGCCGUCAAGUACACCCCGUCGGGCGGCACCGUUCGUCUGCAGCUGGCGCCCAGCCCAAGCCGCAUGCUGGCUGUGGAGAUCGAGCUGCGGAUCAUCCAAUCAGGGCCGGGAAUCGACGACGCCAUAAUCCAGCACAUGUUCGGUCUCGCCUCGUGCCCUGAGGAUUCACCUGAGGCGUCGUACCAGGCGCAUGCACUCGUCUCGUACCGCUCGCUGCUGCGCCAGAUGCAUGGCGACGUGCACUACCUGCGGCAGCCCAAUAAGUGCUACUUCCAGGUGUCGCUAGAGCUCCCUUGCGCUCCCCGUUCGUGA